CUCUCAAUCACGAAAUCUGCCUGCUCUCUCCCCUCGCCAACCAUCAGUUUUCGGUCAACUUUCUCCUCCGCCUUUUCACUUUUAAUACUAUUCCAUCGUCAUCCCGAUUUCGGUUGGUGGUCGGUGCGGGUGGGUGGAUGACAGGAUUAUCCUCACCUUCAGUGUACUGGGAGAUAAUAGCUGUUGUAAACUGGGCGAGAUAAAUUAGUGGGCUGAUUCAUUCAUUCUGAGCGACGACCCUCACUCCCUGAAGCUCUGCACUCUCAAUAUACGUUUAUGUACUAGAUAAAUAAUAUAGCAACUAACUAACUACACACUGUUAAAGUGGGUAAUAAUAAAUCUGGUUUGUAGAGCAAACAAAAAGUCUGAUCAACGUUCCAAGAGUCACAAAAUUUUGUGCAUCUAAAAUUAGGACAGCUUUUGAUUGAGAGAGAAAAAGAGGAGUCACGUUUUUUUAGAUAAAGUGAUUCAUUCCGGUGGUGGUGUUUGUAUGCAGUUUUGAAUAUAUGAACGAUAGUCACGAUAUUAUUAACUUGGUGUAGUCAGUGAUACAUAUUUUACAUUCGUAGAGAGAGGAGAUAGUUUAUGGGAAGGUUUCUUGGAAGGUUAUCUAGUUGGUUAUCAUUGCACAUGUCAGCCUGUUUAUCAAAAGCAAUAAACUUUGUUCACAUCACAGUAAGUACACAGUGCACAGGCACAACAUAAUAGCCACCAACGCAAAGCAGCAGCUGAUGAGUACUGUUGACAGCAGAACUUUAAUUUCCCUGCUUGGUGCUUAUUAAUAGGUUAUUAAGACUAUGGUGAGAGAGUUAUAACAAAUUAAUUGUUGAGAAACGCACGUAAUUGGAGGAUUUUGCGUCAUUUUAAUUGAGUUUUUGUUGAAAUAUUCCACCCAUCCCCCUAUUGCAUAAUUAUGGAGAUCUCGAAAGAUACGAUUCAGCAAAAUUUCCCGUUGCACAAGUUAGUUUGGGAAAAUAAAGCCUUCGAGUUAGAGAGAAUGCUGGUUGCAAAGGACUUUCAGGUAGCUGAAGAAAUUGAAAAAUUGGAUCCAAGGGGGAGAACACCACUCUUACUUGCAGUCGCUCUUGGCCACAAGGAGGCAACGCAAGUACUUUUGAAAAAUAAUGCUUCUGCCCAAUUUGAGCACAGUUCAGGAUGGAACGUACUGCAUGAGGCUACGUGUCGAGCAGAUCCAGAUCUUAUAAGAUUGGUACUUGAACACAAAGAUGCUCAGAAACAGAGUAAACGAAGCAGUAUGGUUCCUGAUCUCUUGAGACGACUAGCGGAUGCUCCCGACUUUUAUGUCGAAAUCAAGUUUGAGCUUUCCAGUUGGAUGCCCUUUAUUGGGAGUGUUGUUCCACAACAGGUCCAUAGAGUGUACAAAAUGGGUUCAAAAGUCAGAGUCGACACGUGUGUUUUGGAAGGCGAAACCCCAGACUGGUCAAAUUCUGUGACCGUGAUUUUUCAAGUAUUUGGUGACACUGUUAGGAUGCUUGAAAUUUAUCAUGCUACGCAACAAGGAUUUAGUAACAUUAUUUUAUCAGGAAAAAAUCAAAACAAUGUUGUUGUUCCUGACAGCCUUUUGUACGAAAGAACUAUUUCGCAUAGACUCUCGCGUCCAGCAAUGAUUGCUUAUGUUGAUUUAGAGAAGAUUGAGUUCGAAAGAAACAAGACUGUCUGGGGUUGGGGGAGUGAUAAAACAGAGGUGGUCAACAACUAUGAGUGCAAAGUUUUCAGCGCAUCAAAUGUUGAAUUUGUUACUAAGUUGCGAACGGAACAUUUGAGCGAAUCUGAAAAAGAUUCCGCAACGAACAAGGGUUAUUCCAAGUCCCAACUUCACAAAAUGUUACACACCUUUGGAUCCACUGAAACUACAGAAUUAACUCAGGGAGCAGCUGCUGCGGCGCAUGGAGCAACGUCUUUAAAUCAUGACGAAAUAACAAUGGAGCAGUAUUUUGACUCAAAGUGUGAUCUUGAUGGCCGUGACAUUGGUCGCUCUAAAGAAGUUAGAAAGAAGAUAAAUAAAUUCAAGGCACAAGUUUGGCUGUCUGAAGAUUACCCUGUGAACUUACAGGAACAAAUUAUGCCCAUUAUUGAUAUUAUGGCGCUCUCGAACACCAUGUUUAGUAAGCUUAAACAAUUCAUUCAGAUGCAAAUUCCUGCUGGCUUCCCCGUCAAAAUAGAAAUACCAUUGUUUCACGUGGUCAACGGACGUGUCACUUUCCACAACGUGUUUUCUACAGAGUCUCGGGUGGCUGGAGUAUCCUACAUUAAGGAAGAAGAAACUGGAAGGUUGUCAUGUGUGCUUGAUGGCGACUUAUUUGAACCCCCUCCGCAUUAUCAUAUCAAAAUGGUUACUCAUUUGGCUCCAAUCAACCCUUCGGAUGACGACCUUUUUAGUUGGACCAUGCCAGAUGAGGAGAAUGAUGAACAGAGUAGAGAUCAGGGUAAGAUGGUUGAUAUCUACGAGGCACUAAAUGCUCCCAGAUCACUCACCAAGGAUUCGACUCAUACUACUCCAGAUUCUGACGCAGAAGAACAACUGCUUCAGCGAGCAAUUGAAGAAAGCUUAAUGAUGGCCCGAUUACAAGAAAAUCCUUCUUGGAGACCGUCCACUGAAAGUCGUCCGGUGCCAGUAGUGUCAGUUACUCCUGGGUCCCCAGCUUCAGGACAUGUGGCAACCGGUAUGCAAAGAACGAAUAGUCUGGAAGAGUUGCAAGCAGUUCUCGAUUUGUCACGACGGGAAACAGACGAAGAAAAUCGUCUCCGACUCGAAGAAGAUGAAGCUUUAAGGAAAGUUUUAGAACUGUCCCUUCGAGAACAAUGAAACACUACUUUCAAUUGUCCUUCGCAUCUUUUAAAGUAAUUAUCAAGUUAUUAAUAGGAUCCAUUUUAAAUUUUAGUCAUCCAGUUGUUUCCAGUCAUCAUAUUAUUGCGGUUCACGAACAGAUUUAAGGUGCAAGUUCAAUUACUAUUGUUAUUCAUUAAGUCGCUGGUACAUAAAUCAGUUAGCACAAAUGUACGAAAUCCUACUCCAUUGUAUGAGGUUUUUAAGCAACUGUUUGGAUUUUUGAACUUUUGUGUUGUGGUUCAUGAAUGUUUUAAUUUAAAUAUACAUGUAUAUUUAUAUGUUUCACAGUAUUAUUUAAAAAAUCACAUGCAGGUAUAUUAUUUGAUGUUAAAAUUCGUCCAUUGCUUAUUCCUUGUAUUUAAACAUUAACAUUUCCAUAUUAUUAUAUUAUACUUCAUCGAUUAUAUCAUGUGGCAUUUCUUGAGCUUUUCGUAAUCUGAAUCUCCUAUUCAUCCUGUAAAACUAAGCUGAUGUGUUAACAAUAUCUUUUAAUUUAAUAGAUAAUAUCAUUACUUAAUUGAACCUCGCCAAACCGAUUUUGCAAGUCACUCUAUUUAGCAAUUAAAUGGUGACUAACUACAACUCCCACCAGGCAGGAUCCGUAUCUUAUAACAAUUAAAUGUAUGUAGGUUCCCUCAUCAAUAAAGUGAUUCCAAUAGGUUCAAAAGCUAUGAAAUAUUUACAAUGAAUGAGGAAACUCACUCAAUCCAUGUCGCGUUUCUACAUAUGUACAUGGUUUGGACUAUCUACUUGCCACGCUUUGAAACAUACAGUUCCACAACAAUUCUACGUAUUACAAAGAAGCUAUACUUAUUUAAACUGGUGGUGCUACAUAUAUAUAAUCAUGCUAACAUUAUAAUGUUUAUAUGUUAUUCUAAAUUUUAACUAGUCUCUGCUUUUAUUUACAAACGAAAAACUGAAUAAAAGAAUUGAAUAAAUGUUAACAAUUUAUGCAUAUUAAUGCAUAAAUGAAGUAACAUUCCACAUA